AUGCCCCAGAUGAAGCUAAUACUCUUUGCUGGCCACAGGGUUGCUGGCCUUAUGGUUGCAAGACCAUCAGCUCAGUGGGACACUGGUACCCGCACGCCGCGGCCCCCGUCGCUGAAGAUCGUCGUCGAGGGCUUCCCCCAGGCCGCGGAACCUGAACUCCCGAGAGACGCACGUGCGCCGCUCGACUUUAGCGUGUGCGACGUGACGCACAGCGAGUCGCCUCCUCUAUUGGCGGUCGCCACCGACAGGCGAGUCUACCAGCUGCGGCGGGUGGCCGACACCGAGGUCGCCGUCGAGCAGAAGACGGGUACGGUGCAGUGCUUCCGCUGCCAGGGGACGGGCCACGUGGCUCGCCACUGCUCCUUCCCCGAGGCGUGCGUGCAUUACCGCCGCUCUGAAGUUGUUAAAGCCGCAGAGGCAGAAGGAAGACUGCCGAUCGCACCAUCCGCCGUCCGCGUCCAGGCGGCGAGGCGGCAGGCAAAGGCGAGGUCGACGCUGGCAGCCGGUGUUGCCACCUCCGCUUCCACAGACCAAGGCAACAGAAGGCAACGCGCCCGAGUGGGAAAACGUGCUCCUGAGGGCACACCUGAAGAUUUGCACGUCGAUUCCCCACCCCCAGGGGAAAAACGCGCAAGGAAGGAAACAGGAAACACACCUUCGGGAGGCGGCAGGAGUGGCAACUCGCCAGCCGCCACUCGCAACCCAGUUGCUCACAGCCAUGCACAGCAGCCUCUGUGCAAGCAGCAGAGCUGUCCGCAGCCGCCCCUGUGCUCCCUGCAGGUCUCCCGCCUGUCCGGAACACUGCAGACAGCUGCAGAGGCGGUGCUGACCGCCACGCCGGCGGCCGCCCGGCACAACGACCUGCCGUGGAACAUCCGCAAGUUCGCGCGCAACCGGCUGGCCAACCUGAGCUUCGGGCUGGACCUGCGCGCCGUGCGGCCCUGGGCGGCCAGCGCCUGGUCGCACACAGACCUGCCGCGCCUGCGCGCCGGGCACGUCGCCGCCCAGUUCUGGGCGGCGUACGUGCCGUGCGAGGCGCAGCACCGGGACGCAGUGCGGCUGGCGCUCGAGCAGGUGGACGUGGUGCGCCGGCUGGCGGCCCGCUACGCGCCGCCGCUCGCCUUCUGCACCUCCGCCGCAGACAUCGAGUCGUCGCACCAGGCGGGCCGCAUCUGCAGCUUGGUGGGCGUGGAGGGGGGCCACUCGCUGGGUGGCAGCCUCUCCGUGCUGCGCACCCUGUACGCCGUGGGCGUGCGCUACCUCACACUCACCUCUACCUGCAACACGCCCUGGGCAGACUGCUCGCUGGUAGAUAACCCAGGACAGCGCUCAGAAAACAAGGGCCUCACUAAGUUCGGCAAGGUGGUGGUGCGCGAGAUGAACCGGCUGGGCAUGAUGGUGGACCUGUCGCACGUGUCGGUGCGCACGAUGGAGGACGCGCUGGCCGCCAGCCGCGCGCCCGUCAUCUUCUCGCACUCGUCGGCGCGCGCGCUCUGCAACAGCUCCCGCAACGUGCCCGACAGCGUCCUCAGGAAGGUCGCGCUGAACCGCGGGCUGGUGAUGGUCAACUUCUACUCGCAGUUCCUGACGUGCAGCCAGGACGCCACCGUGGCCGACGCGGCAGCCCACAUCGAGCACGUGAGGGGCGUGGCGGGCGUCGACAGCGUGGGCCUGGGCGCCGGCUACGACGGCAUCAACAGCACGCCGCGCGGCCUGGAGGACGUGUCUGGCUACCCGGCGCUGUUCGCGCACCUGCUGGCCACCGGCCGCUGGUCCGAGGCCGACCUGCGCAAGCUGGCGGGGCUCAACAUGCUGCGCGUCAUGCGCGCCGCCGAGCAGAUGAGGGACGCGAUGCAGCUGGCCGGCAUCCCGCCCUACGAGGCCGACCCCCCACUGCCGCCCACCGACAACUGCUCGUCGGCCCACCUCUUCUGA